GUAGCUGUUCAGUCGGACGGAGCGUAACUUUUACGGCGGCUUCGGGUGUGGCUUUUAACGUGACAAAUCUGUGCGCGAGGCAAAGACUAAGAGCACGCGGCUGACGAAAAAAAAGAAAAGAAAACCUGCGCGCGCGUGUCAGACAGGACAUCAAACAUUCCUGUGAGGAGAAGAAGAAGAAGAGUUCGGCAGCGUAACCUGGCCGCUGGGAUCGGUGCGCUCGAUUCUCAACAGCUGGAAUAGUUUGAAUGUGGGCCGAACCGCGCUGACGCUGCCCCGGUGGUCCGCUCCGAGGACUCGGUCCAAGUCCAGAACAGAAACAGAGAGAAAAGUUCGCUUUUCUCCGACAGCGGAACUGGCGUUUACCCUCAAAUGUGGACCCACUGAUUUACCAACGGGUCUCUCGGUGGGAAUUUAACUCAACCCUUUGGAAGGAAGGAGCUUUAUUUUUGUUUUUGAAUUAGUCGCGGAUGAGCAGAACCUCUCUGCUCUCGCAUCUCACUAAAAGGGAAGUCGCCUUGCUCAACUCAACGCCUCGUCGAAAUCACUUGGGGUUUUUUUUUUUUUUUUUGGUUGAAUACUUUUUUCUCCAGGUGAAUUUCCCCCGUCAGCUGCAGUCCUGAAGCGAGCACUGGGAAACAUGGGUUGUACAGUGAGUCAGGAAGAAAAAGCCGCGGCCGACAGGUCGAAAAUGAUUGACAAAAACCUGCGAGAAGAUGGAGAAAAGGCGGCGAGGGAAGUGAAACUGCUCCUGCUGGGUGCUGGGGAGUCGGGGAAGAGCACCAUUGUGAAGCAGAUGAAGAUUAUUCAUGAAGAUGGCUAUUCAGAAGAUGAGUGUAAGCAGUACAGAGCAGUCGUCUACAGCAACACCGUCCAGUCCAUCAUGGCCAUCAUCAAAGCCAUGUCUUUCCUGCAUCUGGCCUAUGAAAACCCUGAAAGAGAGGAAGAUGCCAAGACGCUCUUUAAGAUGGCUGGGGAAGCAGAGGAGCGGGGCGCCCUCCCCGAAGAGAUGGCCAACAUUAUCAAGGAGCUGUGGGCCGACGCUGGCAUCCAGAACUGCUUCACACGAGCCCGGGAGUACCAACUCAACGACUCCGCCGCCUACUACCUUAAUGAUCUGGAGAGGAUAAGCAAGCCAGACUACAUCCCCACCCAGCAGGACGUGCUGAGGACCCGCGUGAAAACCACCGGCAUCGUGGAAACUCACUUCACCUUCAAGGACCUCCACUUCAAGAUGUUUGAUGUUGGAGGCCAGCGGUCGGAGAGGAAGAAGUGGAUCCACUGCUUCGAGGGAGUCACAGCCAUCAUCUUCUGUGUGGCCAUGAGCGCCUACGACCUGGUUCUGGCUGAGGACGAGGAGAUGAACCGGAUGCACGAGAGCAUGAAGCUGUUCGACUCCAUCUGCAACAACAAGUGGUUCACAGAGACGUCCAUCAUCCUGUUCCUCAACAAGAAGGAUCUGUUUGAGAAGAAGAUCGCCCACAGCCCUCUGACCAUCUGCUUCCCUGAGUAUGAAGGACCCAACAAGUACGAGGAGGCCCAGGCGUACAUCCAGACCAAGUUUGAGGAUCUGAACAAGAGGAAGGAAACCAAGGAGAUCUACACCCACUUCACCUGCGCCACCGACACCAAGAACGUGCAGUUCGUGUUCGACGCCGUCACCGACGUCAUCAUCAAGAACAACCUGAAGGACUGCGGCCUCUUCUGAAGCAGCUGCAGGAGCGGUCGAGCGUACAUGAACAGUUCUGAGGAGAACCGAACCAUCCGAGCAUCACGAGUUCCUGCAGCGCCUGACCGCCACGUCUGCUUCAACCUGCUUUUUCUAAAGACACCUGAGAGACUAAAAACCCGACCCGCUCAUCCGGGGCUCGCUCGGGUUAACACCUCUUCAGGCUACGACCACGAAAAAAACAAAAAAACAAGAAAAAAAAAACUUUUAUCGUCCUUUUUCGUUGUUCUUUUUCUGUAUUUUCAGUGAUUAGAAGAGGGAAAGAAAAGCCGUUUUCUAUCGAUGCAUUCCUUUUACUCUAAACAGAAUAAUAAAGUUUGAGUGAGCGAUGAAGCACGGACGCAGCAGCAGUGUUUUCACGAGGUUUACAUCCGCUCCUCUUCAUAACCAAACUAUUGAUCCACAUUCGCUCCUCUAAUAUUCCAUCCACAUGAUUUCAAAGGUUUUUUAACGUUUUUUUACCUGCAGGGAGGAAUUCUGGCAAAUUUCUAAUGUGUAUUUAAACUGUGUGUAGCUAACCUUCUGUCACUUUUAUAGUUCCAUAUCUACUGCAGUAUGUUUGUGCCUUUACUUCUGUUUACAAACUGUUUGUUUUUUCUUUCACCAAUGAAAACAUAUUGAUUGUUAAUGAAAAACUAAAAUUUAUUUCAGAGAAAAGUGUUUUGGGAAUUAUUAAAAAAUCAUUUUAAAAAGGUUUAAUUUAAGUACAAGUAGACUCCUGCGUUUGUUUUGUCCUGUUUGUUGACUUUUGUAACAUUUUGUGAGCAUUUGUGUUGCUGGUGAUGGAUGUGUACAAACUGUGGCGACGCUGUCCUGUUGGGUGUGGUGGGUGGGAGCAUCUAAAGGGAUUUUUGGAUCGAUGGCGGUAAAUGACAGAAUGAUGACCCUCUUGUAAAUCAUCUGCUCGUUCCUACAUAAAUGCUGAACCCGGGAGGUCAGAGGUCGGCGUUGGAGCGCGGUGUUGCACGUCGCUGGAACGUUUUGUGUCAAGUGUGUGAUUUCCUGCCAAACAUUUCACCUGAAAGAGAGAAUAUUUUAUUUUUCCUGAUUUUUUUUGUCAUUGUAAAGAUAUUUUAUGCAUCAAGCAAGUGCAGAUCUUCACAGGCCGAGACCGCCCCCUAGUGGACGUCCAAAGCAUUUGGCAUCAGUUGUUGGUUUGAAUAAAAAUGUUUUCUUGUA